AUGGCUGUCGCAUCCAUCCAAGAUCGGACCUCCGAGUUCAAAUCGGUGCUCGUACAGGCGCAGCGCCGCCAGGCCUCGUCCAAAGUUGGCUCGCAGCGAAGGUCCCUCCUGUCCGAUGCCCAGAAGUCAGCCGCCAACGGCGAUGGCCGACCCAGGAGAUCCGACUUUGCCAGGCAGGCAGCCGAGAUUGGACGAGGCAUCUCGGCAACAAUGGGAAAGCUGGAGAAGUUAGCACAACUGGCAAAGCGACGCACCCUCUUCGAUGAUCGACCGGUCGAAAUCAACGAGCUCACCUUUGUCAUCAAGCAAGAUCUAUCGUCUAUCAACCAUCAGAUUGGUGCCCUUCAGGCGCUAUCCAGGCAACAGCACCCCAAGGCUGACCAGGAGGGCGAACACAACAAGAACGUCGUCUAUCUGCUGCAAGGCAAGUUGACAGAUGUAUCAGUCAACUUCAAGGAUGUUUUGGAGGCGAGGACGAAGAACAUUCAAGCAUCGAGGUCGAGGACAGAGAACUUCAUCUCGAGCGUAUCCCAGCACACGCAACCAUCCCUCCAACAGUCCGCAUCACCACUCUACGGAACCCCCGCUCGUAACUCUCCAGCCCCGGGGGCCGACACUCUGUCGCUCAACCCAGUGGGCGACCAGCAGUUGAUGAUGAUGGAGGAGGCGCAGCCGAACAACACCUACAUCCAGCAACGAGGUGAGGCCAUCGAGGCGAUUGAGAAGACGAUCGGCGAGCUAGGCAGUAUCUUUGGCCAGCUGGCAACGAUGGUUUCGGAACAGAGCGAGAUGAUCCAGCGAAUCGAUGCCAACACGGAAGACGUGGUGGACAACGUUGAGGGCGCGCAACGAGAACUACUCAAAUACUGGUCUCGGGUUUCAAGCAACCGGUGGUUGAUAGCCAAGAUGUUUGGUGUCCUGAUGAUUUUCUUCCUGUGA